AUGUCUCAGCUCUCCCAGGAUCCCUCGCAGACCAAAGAGAUCUCGCCAGACCAGUUGACAGAAGAUAGCGCGGCUGUACUCGCACUGCGCAAUUUCAUCUUUGACAUUUGCAAUCAGAAUGGUGGAGGACACGGAGGCUCGGCCAUCGGCAUGGCUGCUAUCGGCGUUGCUCUCUGGAAAUAUGUGAUGCGCUAUAACCCAUCCAAUCCAGAGUGGUUUGAUCGAGACAGAUUCGUUCUCUCAAAUGGCCACACGGCAAUGUUUCUGUAUGCGUUGAAUCAUCUCACAGGGUUCGAUAAGUGGACAAUGGAAGAGAUCAAAGGAUAUGGAAGCGCCAAACUCAAUGGAUAUAAAACCAUCUGCCACGCCCAUCCGGAGAUUGAAGAUGCCGGUGUUGAAGUAACCACUGGUCCCCUGGGACAAGGAAUCGCCAAUGCCGUUGGACUGGCGAUUGCGUCGAAGAAUCUGGCCGCUCGAUUCAAUCGCCCGAGCUACGAUAUUGUCAAAUCGCGAGUCUACUGCAUGACUGGAGACGGUUGUCUGAUGGAAGGCGUGGCGCUCGAGUCAAUAUCACUGGCCGGAAGCCUAGGGCUAGACAACUUGGUGCUCAUCUAUGACAACAACCAGGUUACGUGUGACGGCCCUCUUGACUGGAUCAACAAAGAGGAUAUCAAUGCCAAAAUGAGAGCGUCUGGAUGGCAUGUAUUAGAUAUCCCCGAUGGUUCCUAUGAUGUCCAGUCGAUUGUGUCGGCCCUCGAGUCCGCCCAAUCUUUGAAAGGCAAACCCACGUUCAUCAACAUUCGAACAGUCAUUGGGCUGGGAACGCAGGUUGCCGGCACCUACAAGGCACACCAUGGCGUUUUUGAUACAUCCAGUAUAGAGGCAUCCAAGCGCCUGGCAGGACAAGACCCAGCAAUCACGCACGUCGUUCCUCCCGCUCAGCUAGACUACUUCCGAGAGCGCAAAGCACACGGCGAGGACCUUCAGAAGCAAUGGGACUCUCUCGUGAGCACUUAUACUGCAGUGUAUCCUUCUCUGGGGGAAGAAUUGAAGAAUAGACGGAGCGGAGACCAUGGGACUGCGUGGCUCAACAUUCUCAAUGAGCUGGACAUCGCUGUAUUCAGUGGAAAAGCCACCCGAGAAGUCAAUGGUGUGCUCAUAGAGAAGAUGUGGAAAGCAAAUCCAGCGCUAUGUGGCGGUGGUGCUGACCUUGUCAAUUCCAACAAAUUCCCUUAUCUGGAGUCCGAUGUUUUCCAUCCUUCAGUCGGCUUUGGAGGCCGGUAUAUUCGGUAUGGGAUCCGUGAACACGCCAUGGCCGCGAUCUCGAAUGGCCUGGCAGCAUACAAUCCAGGGACCUUUCUUCCGUUAACCGCCACAUUUUUCAUGUUUUAUCUCUACGCCGCUCCAGGCGUCAGAAUGGGUGCCCUCAGUCAUUUGCCUGUGAUCCACUGCGCCACUCACGAUUCCUUCGCUGAGGGUCAAAAUGGGCCUACUCAUCAGCCAGUCGAGCUUGAUUCGCUAUAUCGAGCCAUGCCGAACCUGAAUUACAUCCGACCUGCUGAUGCGGAAGAGACUAUCGGCGCCUGGAUCAUCGCUCUAGGGAACGUCACCAAGCCCACAAUGCUCUCGCUGGGCCGUGAUCCGACCGGAUACGUUCCUGGUACUGACCGGCACAAAGUACAAAAGGGAGCCUAUGUGAUUGUCGAAGCAGACGGCGCAAAACUUACGCUGGUCAGCUGUGGAACCAAUCUGCACUAUGCUGUUGCUGCUGCAAAGUUGCUUGCAGAAUCAGGAGUUCCAACACGUGUAGUCAGUGCCCCAAGUUUCGACCACUUCGACCAACAAGAUGGCAACUACAAGGCUGCUGUUUUCCCUUUGGAUGGGACGCCGAUUGUCAGUGUAGAGGAAUACGUAGCUACAACGUGGGCUCGGUACACUACUGCCAGCAUUGGGAUGACUGGAUACGGAUAUUCCGCAUCAAAUGCUAGCAAUUAUGAUAGAUUUGGGCUGGAUGCACAUGGCAUUGAAAAGCGUGUGAAACAGUAUCUGCAUGACUUGAACGGCAGCAACGCACGUAUGGCUGGAUGGCGACAGUUGUGA